AUGUGGCGCCGUUGCGGUGCCGGCGGUAGGCGUGUAAACUUCCCGCGGGCGGUGUACGUCACGGCCGGGUUCAGCGACCAGCCGGGAAGACGAGCCAACGGGACCGGCCUUGGGGAGGUCCACGGCUCUUCCAGCACACCGCUCCCGCUCGCCACAGCGUCCGAGCACCGUGACGUGACGUCAGUGGUGCUCGAGGCUGUGCGUGAUGUGACAGGUGACGUGACGUCAGUGGUGCUCGAGGCUGUGCGUGAUGUGACAGGUGACGUGACGUCAGUGGUGCUCGAGGCUGUGCGUGAUGUGACAGGUGACGUGACGUCAGUGGUGCUCGAGGCUGUGCGUGAUGUGACAGGUGACGUGACGUCAGUGGUGCUCGAGGCUGUGCGUGAUGUGACAGGUGACGUGACGUCAGUGGUGCUCGAGGCUGUGCGUGAUGUGACAGGUGACGUGACGUCAGUGGUGCUCGAGGCUGUGCGUGAUGUGACAGGUGACGUGACGUCAGUGGUGCUCGAGGCUGUGCGUGAUGUGACAGGUGACGUGACGUCAGUGGUGCUCGAGGCUGUGCGUGAUGUGACAGGUGACGUGACGUCAGUGGUGCUCGAGGCUGUGCGUGAUGUGACAGGUGACGUGACGUCAGUGGUGCUCGAGGCUGUGCGUGAUGUGACAGGUGACGUGACGUCAGUGGCGCUCGAGGCUGUGCGUGAUGUGACAGGUGACACGUCAGUGGCGCUCGAGGCUGUGCGUGAUGUGACAGGUGACGUGACGUCAGUGGUGCUCGAGGCUGUGCGUGAUGUGACAGGUGACGUGACGUCAGUGGUGCUCGAGGCUGUGCGUGAUGUGACAGGUGACGUGACGUCAGUGGUGCUCGAGGCUGUGCGUGAUGUGACAGGUGACGUGACGUCAGUGGUGCUCGAGGCUGUGCGUGAUGUGACAGGUGACGUGACGUCAGUGGUGCUCGAGGCUGUGCGUGAUGUGACAGGUGACGUGACGUCAGUGGCGCUCGAGGCUGUGCGUGAUGUGACAGGUGACGUGACGUCAGUGGUGCUCGAGGCUGUGCGUGAUGUGACAGGUGACGUGACGUCAGUGGUGCUCGAGGCUGUGCGUGAUGUGACAGGUGACGUGACGUCAGUGGUGCUCGAGGCUGUGCGUGAUGUGACAGGUGACGUGACGUCAGUGGCGCUCGAGGCUGUGCGUGAUGUGACAGGUGACGUGACGUCAGUGGCGCUCGAGGCUGUGCGUGAUGUGACAGGUGACGUGACGUCAGUGGUGCUCGAGGCUGUGCGUGAUGUGACAGGUGACGUGACGUCAGUGGUGCUCGAGGCUGUGCGUGAUGUGACAGGUGACGUGACGUCAGUGGCGCUCGAGGCUGUGCGUGAUGUGACAGGUGACGUGACGUCAGUGGUGCUCGAGGCUGUGCGUGAUGUGACAGGUGACGUGACGUCAGUGGUGCUCGAGGCUGUGCGUGAUGUGACAGGUGACGUGACGUCAGUGGUGCUCGAGGCUGUGCGUGAUGUGACAGGUGACGUGACGUCAGUGGCGCUCGAGGCUGUGCGUGAUGUGACAGGUGACGUGACGUCAGUGGUGCUCGAGGCUGUGCGUGAUGUGACAGCCGUCGCCCACGUCUUCAUGCACUACCACGUCUUCACGCGCUACCACGUCUUCACGCACUACCACGUCUUCACGCACUACCAGGUCUUCACGCACUACCAGAACAAACGUCCUGCCGCGCGGUGA